GGUUUUUUUUUUUCCGCUUUGGGAAAGAGUUCAGCGCUCGAUCAGUGCCUGGAGCGGAGCUGCCGGACCGAAGGCAGUUACCGAGCUCUUUCCAGCUCGAGCUACAGCGCAAGAUGAGCGUAGCCGUGGAGGAAGCUGUCUUGCCGUCCAUCUCCACCUUUGCCGGCUUGGUGCCCCUGGAAGAGAGGCGGCCCGAGAUGAGGCUGGCUCCUCCUUCCGUGGAAAUUGCCACCGCCAUCAAGAGGGAAGCCGACGAGCUAGGUAACUUCGUCGACCUGGAGUUCAUCCUGGCGCACACCACCAACGGGCAGCCCAAUGGCGGGGUGGGGCCCGCGCAUCCCGGCGGCAACCCUAACUACCCCCUGCCCGAAACCCCGGAGAGCUGCGGCACCACCUAUGACAGCGAUAGUUCCAACUACCAGCCCCCUAACAAGUUCGCGGCGUCUUACCUGCCCAGCCCUGGCCACAGCUACGUAGCUGAGCUCUUCACUCAGGACAUGCAGCAACCCCCUCCCUCGGUGGGUCCGAGCCACUGCGAGCUCCAGCGGCGGGAAUACACCGAGCUGCGCGCCCCGGGCUUGGCCCACCCGCCCUCCGGCUUACCCGGGGGGCUGCCCUUAGAGCACCUGCGCGUCAAGCAGGAGCCGAUGGACGGGCAGUCCUGCAUGCUAAGCGGCCCGCCCGAGUGCCUGGCGCCCGGAGCCCUGGACCACAAGCCCCUUCUGAUGCAACCUCUGCUCCAGCACCCGUCUUCCGGCUUCCCCGGCGAGCAAAUGGGCUCGGGGCCCCAGUGCCAGAUGGGCGGCGAUCUGGGCGCGCAGAUGGGGGCUCCCCAGCAUUACCCGCGGCCUGCCCACCUCUUCCAGCCCAAUUUCGCAGGGCAGAUGCAGUCCCAGUUCCACGGACACUUCAGCGUCUUUCGAGAGCCUUUGAAACCGCGCGCCCAAGGCAUGCCCGGGCUGCUCGUCACGCCGCCCAACUCGCCCGUCUUGGAUUACUACGCCCCGAUGGGUCCCCCGGAGGAAUGCAAGCCGAAAAGGGGCCGGCGGUCUUGGGCCCGCAAACGCACCGCCACCCACAACUGUGAAUUCGCCGGCUGCGGGAAGACAUACACUAAGAGUUCGCACCUCAAGGCGCAUAUGCGAACCCACACGGGUGAGAAGCCUUAUCAUUGUACCUGGGAAGGCUGUGGCUGGAAAUUUGCACGGUCAGAUGAACUGACACGCCACUACCGCAAGCAUACAGGUGUCCGGCCUUUCCAAUGCCAGCUAUGUGACCGUGCGUUCUCUCGAUCAGAUCAUCUGGCCCUGCACAUGAAGAGGCAUGUGUGAAGCAUGGCUGGCUCCCUGGGGCAGUGGGGUGGACUAUGGUAGGGCCGAAGAAGAGGGGAGGGGGGAAUGCAAGAGACCAAGGACUCUAUUUAUGAAGGGAUGGAAUAUUUUCUUAUUGGACUAGCUAAUUUAUGUAUAUAUUAUUGAAACAUUUUAAUAUUUAAAGAGAAACACUAUUCUUAUGGAAAAAGUAUGUAUUUAAAAGUGAAUAGUUACACAAAUCUGCCUGCUGUAGGGACUGUAGUUUAAGAAAAAUUGUCCUGGAGGUUUGGUGUGAGCAGUGUAAAUUUGGCAGGAUUAUCCCCAAACCCUCAGUGUACAGCCAUAAUGCAGAUCCCAUCUUGAUUGUCUCAAGCUGUCCAUUCAGUUUUAAUUAUUGUUUGAUUUAUUACACAAUGGUAUUUUUUUUUCUUGUCAUGUUAAAAGGCUCUGUUUUAUAAAACUACUUUCUAAAGUAGACCUUGAAAUGGGGAAAAAUUAAAGUGGGUGGAAUUACGAAUCCCCUUUUGUUCUUCAAAUGGGUUGUACAAAAUAAAUGAAAAUCCACACAUAACCAUCCAUAUUGAUUUAUAAUAUGUAUAAUUAAUUAUGGAUUAAAGGCAAAAAGCUUUCUUGACCUCUUAAAAGUAAUGUUCAUUUUUUUUGCCAAUCUUUUAGUAUUAGCUUUUUUUGGUAUUAAAUUUUUUUUAAUGACGUUUUGUUUCAGCUGUAAAGUUUCCAGUAUGGUCAAUCUAUUCAGACCAAUAAACAACCUGUGAUGAUGUAACCCUUCUUAAAGCAAGUAACAUCCACCAAUAAGUCUUCAGCUGACAGCAGUGCGUGUUUUGGGAUUAUCCAACUGAAGAAACUAAAAUGGCCACUUCCGGAAUAGAUUGUAAAAUAAUAUAUACUCUGAACAAAGACAAGAGUUGUGUUGGUAGGUUGUGCAACCUAUAGUGUCUAGGAACAAAUGUUUUGCAGCAAAGUUCUGUGCUCAGAAGUAAAGCUACAAACCCAUACACUUCAGGUUCCCAUCUUUUUUUUCUUGUUCAGGGAUAUUGCCAAAGCAGGACCAAAAAUUGCCUUGAUUCACAAUUCUGAGAGGUGGUAAAACCACCUGGUUAUAAACAGAGCCUUGAGAAAAAUGCCUUAUGAGAAUAAAUUGUAAAUAAACUGUACUAUUUUAGUGCUAUUAACCAAUGAAAGCCACUGUAAGUUACACGACUAUGCAUGCUUGUGUGCUAAUCCCCAUUUGACUUGCAUAGCACAAGUCAUAACUUGGUUUGCUGAUAUUGGGUUAGCAUUUUAUAUAAAUGUAGACAUUAUUUACAACCAUGAUUUAUGGCUUAAUAUGUUUCAAACCAGCCAAGAACAAAUACAUUUGCAAAUAAAUAUAAGUAGCACUGCAAUUAUGAUUAACAAUGCAAGCCUAGAUAUAUUGAAUCAAAAAUAAAUUGGUUUGUCCUAUAUCUUAUUCCCAAAUAAGUGUACAUAGAGUUACAGCUAAAAUGUGGUUUUAUAUAUUAAUUAUAAUACCUCAACGUGUUGUAUAGGAUUCAAUCAUGUAUGGAAAAAGCCAUUUGCUUUUUAACCACUGUGUAAAUUUAACUCUAUUCCAAUGCAUAUUAGUUAAUGAAUUUUACUGGUGAUGUCACUCCAUCUCUCAAUUCUGAAAGCACAUGAAUCUAUGGCAUUUUCUGAACACUCUAUUCAUUUGCACAAACAAAGAUGCCUUUAAAGUACUACAAUAGUUUGUUCCAGAAGGCUAAUGAUUAGUAGGCCAUUGUUUUUAAAUCAUCAAUAACUUUAGAUGCCGGUUGAACUAUUAAAUUACUAUUUUAUGGACCUGAUCUCUGAUGGGGGCACUUCAUUACACCCUCUGAGUGUUAAAUGAUAGACCCUUAAGGAUACUUUUGUCUUUAAGUGGGGAACCCAUAAGUUGCUUCAGAACGCCCAGACCAUCUAACAAGAGGGCUGAGGCUGAAUUGAGACUUAUACCUUUUAAAACCCAUAGGGUCUUUCUCCUGACUUUUAUCUGUGUCAUUGGUGAUUCCCUCUAAAGCAUAGGUGUCAAACUUGCUGUGUUAUGUUGCCCUUUCAUGACAUUUUUCCCAUUUGCGGAGCUGGGGUGGGUGUGGCAUGUGUGUGACGCAUCUGGCCCACAGGCCACCAGUUUGACACCUCUGCUCUAAAGGACGAUCCUCAAGCCAGGUACUGCUGCAGCUGCAUUUUUUUUUUCUAAAUGGCUUUUGGAUUUUAUUUUUUAUAAAGGGCAUUUUUGUCCAUUUCUGCUAUACUUGAAACGUUCUUUUUGGAGGGGAAAAAAGACCUCUAAUAUGUAGCUUAUGCAAAAAAAAAAAAGUUGUAAUUCUUUUUUAACGUGCUGUAAAUGAAUAUGUGUUUUGUUUUUUAAUUGCUCAGGUCCAUUUUAUAAAUGACCUCAGCUCUGGUAUGUGCACUGCACCUAUCUGUACAGUUUGUGAAUUACCAACUCCCAUGCAGAAUGUUAGCUUUAUGUAUAUGCAUACCUAGAAAUAUUGUUGAUCCAAAAUAAAAUAAAUAAAAUAUAAUAAAAAGCAA